UUCCAGGAGCUCUGGUCGGCGAUGAAUAAAGCCCACAAGCAUGGAAGAGGAAGGUCAAAUUAACUUCAAAGCAAUAAGGGCAAAAUUUCAGGAGGAGGGUUUCUUGGCUCAUUCAAAGAACGGUCGACCAGCAGUUGCUGAAAAACCCAAACUCCUUCAACCGCAUUUAGGACACUCCAGCUCAGUGGUCAGCGGUACUGCCAUGGCUGUGGAAAACCAGACUCCUGAGGUUCCCCGUGUCCUCUCCAGGGAUGGGCAUUGGUCAUCCGGAGGCAGGCGGCCCAUUCCCUUUCCACCUCACCCUAGGCCGACAUCUCCUUCAUCACAGCUUGCAAAUGGAGAAAACUCAUCGAAGCAUUCCUUCAAAGACCGACACAUGCCUCCUAUGCUCCCCGUCCUCCCUGUUAAAGACCAUAAGGUGGAUCCACCUGCUGGAAAGGAGCACAAACUGGAAUCAGAGACAGAAAGAGGAGUUUUCCCACAUGCUAAGAUCAAGAAAAAGGGUUUGUUGCUUCCUUUCAAAUCAGCCAAGGCAUCCAAGCACUCAGCCGAUAAUGGAGAUGAGCCCACAUAUGAUGAUUUAAGCUACAGGCCCAGUAGUGCUACCGGUGAAUUGUGCACGAAGGAAAAACGGAUCACCGAAGAACAGGGUUCCCUCCAAAGUGAUCCCUCUGAUUACAGUCCUGAAUCCGCCGUCACCUCUCCUCCACCAGCAACCUACCCUGACUCUGAAAACAGGAUUCUGAGCACACUGGAGAAGGCCAAAAAAAAGCUUUCGAGGCGUCAGAUUAUGAUUCCCUCUAAACCCAAAAGUUUGCCCUCACCUGACUACAGCUGUAGAGGGAAGACCUUCCCUUUGUCUCCAAGGAAUCCCGACGGCGUCGGUUCAGAUGUCCUCCUAGCUCCACCCGUGUGCCUUCCACACUUUGCCUAUAUUUCCGCUCGACCUUUCUUCAAAGCAAACAACUCCGCUCGUAAGCCAACUUUAGAGAAACUUCUUGUAGUGAAAGCCGAACAACUGCCACUGAGGUCUGUUGGAGCUUGUUCCCCCCAGAUUCCCUUAAAGAAGCAGCUACCUGAGAUGUGGACACUUGGAGCCGCUCCAGUAAAGCCAACCAGACCUCCAACAGUUGAUCUGAGCUCUUACCAUCCAGGCCAAUUUAAAGAAGUAUCACCUGUUUGGUGCCAAACACCAAACAAGGAGGAAUUCUCUGUGCUGGAUGCUCCGGAUUUUCCAGACUUUGAGACUUCAGAGUUGGAAACACCAGAGGGCGAACCCGUUGACGUGGCUGCAUUAGAAAUUGAAGCCUUAAACAUAGUUGUUGGUAAUCUUACAACACCCCUCAGAUUUGAGGUUCCAGAUUAUGUGGCUCCAGACUGUGCCUCGUCAGUUUGGGAGCCAGUAGAGACCAAUAGGAGCAAUGUGGACCAAGAUCUAAACCUUGGCAGCCCACACAUAAUACCCCUUGAUCCAGCAAGCUUUCCUGAACCAGUAAACCUACCAGAGUUUCCAGAGCUGCCUCUACCAGAGCCCCCGUCCUACAGCGAAGAGGCAGCUGUAGAUGCGUAUCUCAAUUCUGUUGUUGAGAAACUGUCUAUCCAAGAAGAACCUGAGCUUGCAGACCAUCCAGCAUCAGGGUAUGAAACUCAAACCCAACCAAGGCAAAACACGAGCCCCAACACUGCAGAUCAUAAAGACCAGAGGAAGAGGGAGAAACAGCGACUUGAAAAGGAGAGAAAGGAGCAAAAAGAGAGGGAGAAGAAAGAAAAUGAAAUGAAAAAAAAGUUCAAAGUGACCGGGCAGGAGGAGGCGAUGUACCACGCUAAGGUCACCGGGGCCAGUAAAGUCCGGAAGAACGACCUGCCGGUGAAAAGCGGGGACACGGUCAGCAUCAUCCGAACCACCAACUGCCCUAAAGGCAAAUGGUUGGCCAGGGAUUCCAACAACAAGUACGGUUAUAUUUCAGUGAUGAAUGUUGAGCUGAAUAUCAAGGACAUGCUGGAACUCGGCAAAAAGGCUCAAGCAGCUGGACGAGGAGCCUAUGUGGAGCCCGACACCAUCAGCAUCGGAAGCAGAUCCUCCAACCCCCCUCUUCUGACAAGCAGCUGUAAGUGUCCAAAGCCUCUGUUCACAGAUGACAGCGAGGAGUGGGCCUGUGAGGAUGAAGUUCUUUCAGCAUCCUAUGAAAGCCAGAUUGCUCAGCAGACAGUUUCGGAGCCAGAAAUAUCAUGCGUUCAUGUGGAAGGACAGCAUACCCUCAGUGACAGUAACCUGGAAGACCAGCACACACAGACUGGACAAGAAGCUCUGCAGAAACUGGCCUUGCUGUUUCAACAAAGCAAUGAUGAGUUUGGUGACGGAGGAGCAGCUUCUAUCAAGUACAGUUCCUCUUACACAGCUCUGCCAACAGCUUGUUGUGUGCGGUUGAGGAGCCUCCGUACCCCGAACAGCAGAUUGACUUCACAGAGGUGGAGUUCCUCCCUCCUCCUCCUCUGUACGCCGACACCACCUGAUCUACGGGAGCUGCAGGACGGCCUUUCCAUAAUUAACAUUAAAUGAACUUUGGUAUCUCUUUGAUUUAACUUUGCCAGAAUUGCAAUUUUCACCAGAGGUUUUCACUCACUUUCCAUCACUUUUUAAUUUUCUUUAGAUUCAAUAAACUGAUGAUAAACACAGUUAUUGCACAGGAGUGGGUAGAAAUAAACAGUUUUUUUAUGUAUGUAUUUAUUUUUUGCAGCUGCUUCAAGU